ACUAACAAAUAAUGUAAACAGGCAUUUGUUGUUUUUUAAAGUAAUUGAGUAUUUGGGGGAAGGUGUAAGUUUAUUUGUAACUUUAUGAACUUUGUUGUUCUCACCACUCUUUUUUUUUUUUGAGGUCACCUGGUCAGGUGUUGCCAUGGAAGCGCGCCCAUGAGCAGUACUAAUAAGGACCUGGUGUUGUCAAUCAGCCUCAUGAGGGAAAAUCCAUUUUGAUUGAGAUGGAGGGGAGAUGUUUUGGUUUUUGUCUAGGAUUUGGAGUAUUGUUUUGAUUUGUUGAAGUUUGAAUGUAAAUUGUUUUUUUUUUGUUUUUCCUCUAGAGGUUUUAAUUAAGUUUGUUUCCUAAAUAUAAAUUGUAAUUGUUGUAAAGGUUUUCACCCCUGUUACUUUUUAGUUGGUACAGGCUGGUGCUUUAAGAGCUGGGUUGUUCCAAUAUGGGAGAGUCUGUUUUUUGUUUGUCCUGCACUGUUGGAGAAAGUGGAAUCCCUGCUCCUCUGCUGUUUAAUGUAAGGUCUGUUUUUUCACAUUUUUUUGCAAAUAUUUAUAAAAAAGAAACGGAGCUCUGCAAUUUUUGGACUCAGUCUGAUUUUUUUCCCUUUUUGUGUGUUUUCUGCACUAUACCGGUCAUUUUGAAGUCCCUAAGGUUUUUGCUUUGGCAUGCAAACCCUUACAUUUUGGUGGCAGUGGUGGCAUGUGACGCCGAUGUCCAGAAGAGCACAAUAAGGAUGGGCCCAAAACAGCAGACGAAAACCCUUAAAGUUGCAGACUCAAAGUCAGCGGAGGAGAUGGAGCAGGAUGGAGCUACAGGUCAGCCAACUGUAGUCCGGCAGUCCAGGGAGGAAUUGACAUCACUGGACAUGAAUGCCAUUGCUGCCAUGCUGGAAAAAUGUCUUCAGUGCCAGAAGGACUUUGCUGAUCGAUGGGACAAAGAGGAGUGCAAGCAGGAGAGAAGAUGGCGGCAGCUACAAGUGCAAGUAGGCAACUUGAGAGAUGAGGUUGAGAUGCGGCAGAAGAGUGAAUCUCCACCUCAACCAGGCCCCUCUUCAGGUGCGGAUGAAGAGCCAGUCUUUCAACGUCGUUCCCAAGGUGGACCAGUACAAAGAGCCUGGACUCAAUCAGAUGUUCCAAAGUUUCAAGAAGGAGAUGACAUUGAACAAUACCUAACAACCUUUGAAAGGUUAGCAGCGGCCUACCAGUGGGCAGAAGAGGACUGGGCAGUAAGGCUGGUACCUCAUCUCACCGGCAGGGCCCGAGCAGCAAACGUGGCCAUGGCUGUAGAGGAUGCUUGUGACUAUGCUAAAGUAAAGGCAGCCAUCUUAACUAAGUAUGAGAUCAAUGAAGAGCUUUACAGACAACGAUUUAGAGACCCUGAGGUUCGAGCUGGUGAAACCCCUCGAGAGUUCUAUAAUCGUCUCAAAGAUCUUUAUUUGAAGUGGAUGCAACCUCAGAAGCGGACGAAGGAAGAAAUGGGGGAGAUCCUCAUUCUGGAACAGUUCUACACUUCACUGUCUCCGGAGCUCAGAGUAUGGGUUAAAGAGAGGAAUCCAACAUCAGCACAAGAGGCGGCAGAGUUGGUUGAAAACUUCCUAGCUGCAAGACGGGGACCAAAAGCCUUUCGACACAGCUUUCAACAGAAGCCCAGUUUUAUACAGGGACUCCUCAGGGACUGUGGCAGUUCACGAAGAUGCCGUUUGGACUCCAUGGGGCUCCGGCCACGUUUCAAAGACUGAUGAAUAAGGUGCUCUUAGGUAUGGAAUCAUUCACUGCAGCUUACCUUGAUGACAUUGUUAUUUAUAGCAACUCAUGGCAAGAACACCUAAUUCAUUUGAAACAGGUGCUGCAGACCAUAAAGAAGGCUGGUCUGACCAUACAUCCUAAGAAAUGUUCAUUGGCCAGGAGGGAGCUCCAGUAUUUAGGCCAUAUCCUUGGUGGAGGGGUCAUAAAACCAGUGAAGGAUAAGGUAGAGGCAAUCAAAGCAGCAGAGAGGCCAAAAACUAGGAAACAAGUCCGAUCAUUUUUGGGUCUAGUAGGGUGGUAUUGGAGGUUUAUUAGGAACUUUUCUGCUAGAGCAGCCCCCCUUUCUGACCUAACUGGAACCUCAACAACAAAAAUUGUGUGGGGAGGGGCACAGGAAAGAGCUUUUCAGGAUUUGAAAGGGGCACUGUGUCAAGAGCCAGUGCUUCAGAGUCCAAACUUUAGUUUACCCUUUACGGUUCAGACGGAUGCGUCUGCCAGGGGGAUCGGGGGGGUACUUCUGCAGGGAGAAGGAAUGGAGAGGAAGCCAGUUGCCUAUAUCAGCCGAAAGUUGUUUCCACGGGAGACCAGAUAUUCAGUGGUAGAAUUAGAGUGCUUGGCCAUUAAAUGGACAAUCGACUCGUUUCGGUACUAUCUAAUGGGCCGAGAGUUUACUCUUGAGACUGACCAUCGAGCAUUAAAAUGGCUGGAGGUCAUGAAAGAUACAAAUAGUCGGAUCACAAGGUGGUUCUUGUCCCUUCAACCUUACAGAUUUAAGAUUUGUCACAUUCCCGGAAAACAAAACAGUGUGGCAGAUUUUCUGUCUCGCUGUGAACACAGAGAGCCUUCUGAAGGGGGGGAAAGUGUGAGGGAUUUACCCCCUCACUAACAAAUAAUGUAAACAGGCAUUUGUUGUUUUUUAAAGUAAUUGAGUA